AUGUCGCUCAGCGACAGCCCCUGGUCGGUGGAGGACAUCCUGACGGAGGACGACGAGCAGGACCGCGUCCCGCUGCAGAAGCUGAAGCUUUUAGGGGAAUCGGAAGAACUGGGAGGCUUGCUUCUGAACCCACACCUCAGGCAGCUACUGCUGACAAUCGAUCAAGCGGAAGAUAAAAGCUCCCUCAUGAAAAAGUACAUGCAGGAGCCGUUAUUUGUUGAGUUUGCAGACUGCUGUUUGAGAAUUGUUGAACCUCCAGAGAAGGAGAACAUUCUUCCUGAGUGAGCUACUUUGGGAACGUUUUUCUUUCCUUGAGAGUUUUUCCCUCUGACAGAAGAGAUUCGACAGCACCCCGUGCUACUGUGGUGCACCAUUCUGUGUGUUCCCUCAAGGUUUGGUCAUGCUUUGCUCAUGGAUGUCGGUGCUCUAAUUUUCAAUUUAGAGUUGAUAAGCAGUGACAUAGUUGUCUUGGACAGAUUUCUAGAUGUUAGGAAUUAACCUUGAUGUUCUGUGGACUUGCUUUCUGUUGGUACAGAAAUACUGUCAACCAUGGGAAACGUUGCUUCCCAAUAACAAUGAUAUUAAAUAUAUUUGCAUUUAUUUUAA